GACGGGGCUGCAAACCCAGCAGUUAUCCCGCAUAGUUGCGUGCGGAGCAGAGUGAAUGUAUACGAGUCCGUGAGUGUAUGUGAGGCCGAGAUUGGAACAAAUCACCAUCACGCUCUUCCGCAUUGCUGCUUCAGAAAAUGCCGCACCAGUUUCAGCAGCGUCCGCCAUUGAUUCACGGAGCCGUAGCUCACGAUCAAUCCGCUCACGACGUUCUUCUUGUCGAUCAAGGAAACUCGCUGAAGUACACAGCAUCCGCUACUAGCAGCAGCGAGGGUCAUUCUAGUAGAAUGUCACCGCGAUUGCAUCAUUUUCUUCCUGAAGACUCCUCCCCGAUAAAAGCACUCAGAAUGGACGAAUUUCCCAUCCCCGCUAAAAGGCGUCGCGCUGCUUUCCUCCCCGCGUCGCGCGAGUGCAGGAGCAGCCCUUCCCUCUCAGAGACCAUCGCUGCCCCUUGUUUACUCGAAAUAAGCACGAGUGCUUGGCCAGUGGGGUGCCUAGACGAGCCCGCAUCUGGCGGCUGCGCUCGACACUCUUCCGCGAAUCAAAACGGCGGAAGAGCAAGGGGGGGUCCGCUACUUCGUAUAUUGGCGCAAAAAGCGGCGGCGGGAUGCGCGUCGGGGGAGAGUAACGGCAGCGAGCCGUCUGGCGGAGGCUUCGGCCGGGGAGUGGACGCGAGAAAUGACGACGAUAACGCCGCGAGGCUUGCGCUGAUGGCGCAAGGUGACGCGCACUCGCCAACUGCGGAAGCAGAGGGCGAAGCGGACGCGGAACCGCUGGAAUGGGAGGGGGGAGACGGCGGGGAGGAGGAAGAGGAGGAGGCGGAGGAGGGGGCGGAGGGGGGGAAGGGGGAGAUGGAGGUGAAGCGGAAGGACAGGCACCGGAAGGUGGAUGGGCGCGGGCGGCGCAUCCGCAUGCCCGCUGCGUGCGCGGCGCAGAUCUUCCGCCUGACGCGGGCACUCGGCCAUCGGUCGGACGGCGAAACGAUUCAGUGGCUGUUGAAUCGAGCAAAUCCAGCCAUCCAGGCCGCAUUGGGCUCGGCAUCGCAAAGCGCGGCGCGAAAUGCGGCGCAGCGGCAGGUUGCGGGGUCAAGCGGCAAACGCGCCGCGGGCUCGUCGAACGACCGCGACGGCUCGGACAGAGUGGCGGAGAGGAAGCGAGCGCGAGCCGUCGAUGGCGCACCCGUCGCUCCGUCGCGGGGAAAAUCGACGGACGAGAUUAUGCCACGGAAAAUCAGUGGAUUCGCUGCUGGGGGGGAGAAAUCGCGGAGAGGGGGCGUCUCGCAACAGCUGCAGCCACCGCCGCCACCACCACCGCCGCCGCCGCUUCCGUGGCAGCAGAAGAACCAAGAGCAGUGGAAGGCUUCCGACUCACCAGUGGCGCUUCACGGCACGCCGAGCGCGCAGGUCCUCUUCCCUUCCGCCCUCACGUCUCUCGCAGCCUGCUUGGGCGGGAGCUUCGCGGCCCCGCGGGCUCCAGAGAACGACCGUGAGAUACGCCACGGCAUGAUGUCUUCUGGUGGUGCUAGUAAUAGUCGAGGAAUUGCCAUGGCACAUGACCGCAAUAUAAGCUGGGCUUCUAGUGCUGGUGCGGACAUGUCAAGUCAGCAAAGGCUGGCUCCGAACCAUCCAAGCCCGCUCGUUAGUAGCCCCGCGAAUUCGAGUGGGGUUGCUGCCGCCGCUAAUUCCAGUGGCACCGGGGGUGCAGCGUUAGGGGGGCUUGUGAGCGGUGCCAGCUUGUGGGGUAUGAAUCAAUCCGCCACUGCCGCUAGCUUGUCGCGGUUAGGUCCGCGUGUCCCAACGAAAUCCGCCAGCCAGCAGUUGUUAGAGGCUUCGCUCGUUGCCUUGACCGGAGCGCGCGGACUUGACGGAGUCCGUCUCCUGACGGAACAGUUGACGGCGGCCCAGUCGGGGCUGUCGGCUGCAACCCAGCGAGAUGCAGUCGCGUUGUCGCCCGCCAUUCCCCCGUCGGACCCCCCAGCUGCUGCGGCUAAUAGCGCGGGGGCGCAGCCCGUGUUUCGCGCUGGCGCGUCCGGCGGAGACGCACGAAUGUCGCCAUUGGGCAGGGAAGCGAGGGAUGCGGGGAGCGCGGGGGAUGCGGGGAAUGCGGGGAAUGCGGGGGGCGCGGAUGCCCACAAUCUGGACAUUCUCACGGGCGUGGUGAACGCCGCAUCAGACGCGGACCCCUCUGGCUAUUCGCAAACCUCUGGACUCCACGGGUUCAGCAGGACCUCGCAGAUUCGAGACGCUCAAGCAGAUUUUCCGGGGAAUACCGACGCCCCGCCUGCCCAAUCUUCCCCGUCGUGGUUCUUCAACGCGCUGAGCGCCGGACAUGACUCGUCCGCGGUGACAGCGGCGGGAAACGCGCACCUGGGGGUUGGUACCGCCGCCGCUACGAGAUCGCCACUCAGCAAGCCCGCGCAUAGGCAAUCCGCGGGUGCAGCUAACGACACCACUAGUUCGCCCUUUAGGACGGCCUCCGCGGCACGGCUGCUGCCAGGCUCGCCUCUAAAUGCUAGCUCUGCGUGGGGGGGUAGAGGAGACGGCGACGCGGAAGUGCGGCUAGAUCUGGGGCUCAGCCUCACGGGCGAACGUAAAGCUCGUCGUGAUUCGAACGCCCGUAAUCCUGAUGAUGUUUAGCGACGAUAUGCUACCGUCGAAUGAUGUGCGCUAGGUAGUGCAAUACCAACACUUAC